AUCCGUCUCAUUUCAAUACUGCCCUAGCAUUCUCCUUUCCCCUCUCUCACUCUAUCUGUCUCUUUCGACCUUCCUUCGCCCCCUCUUUCAUCUCCUAUUCCCCUUUCGCUGUCUGGCAUUCUUCUUUCUCCCCUCCCUCCCCACCUCUUAGUUUCUACUCCCCCUCUCUCUCUCUUUCUCUUCCUCUUAUGAGAUGAGCAGCCUUCUGUUCUACGUAGCCCUCAACCUCCGUUGCAUCACCACGGUACUUUCAUCCACCGCAAGUAAAUAAUCAACACGUAAAGGCGUAUACAUGUUUGAGUGAGUUCCAAUAGCUGAUGACAUGACUAUUAUGGUUUCGGUGUGUUUCGAUCUAACUACGACAGUCGUUUUGGAAUGGUGUGGGCUAUUAUGACAUGAAUUGUUACCACGAAGACCGAUGUGAACAUCUACGACAGCCUCAUUUCGGGAAGUUAGAAUAAAGACUGUGAACAUCCGGAUGAUAUGUCGUCUGUGAAUAAUCUUUAUUGGAAUAAUGUCAUGAUGGUCGAUGUUAGUAUGGAUAAAGACAACGUUUGUGUGAAAGACAAAACUUCGGGGUAAUCAGGAGCGUAAAAGUUACUCGCACAACCGAUAGCCCUGUGUUAAAGAAAUUCGCCAACGAAUAAAAUUCAUUCAGAGACAACAUGUGAGCUUGUAUGAAGAGAACUCCAUUUUGGUGAUAAAACUACUUAAAUGCGUACUUCAAGGUAAAAUCGGACACCAGAUUGUUCUCAGUGAUACCUGGACCAACUGGAUAAACUGAAUAUACCAGACAUGGCAGAAGCAAUGCAUGAGCCGGACACACCUAGCUGUCCUCCCAUCAGCGACUUUGAAAUGGAUAUGAUGCGGAUGGAGCAGAUGGCCCUACUUCUAGAGGAAGAAGGGGAAGCUUCGCUCCAUCUAUUCUCCCAAACUUCCAGCGAAAGCUUGGACUUCUCGAACCCUCAGCAGCCUUACUGGAACGAACCCAGGUACAACCGCAGUGAAGUCCCAAGCAUCCUUGUUUCAGGGAUUGGCAACGAUGACCAGUCUGAGAUCGGCGGGGAAGUGUCCCUGGCGAUGAGCAAGGUGCGGAUGAGUGAAGCAGCCGAAGGCCACACAGGACCCUUUGCAGAAGCGACCCCUGGAGGGGGUGCAAUUCCAAAGUCAGGAGUCAGACGGAGUGUUUCUGUAGAGAGUUCUGGAGGUAAUUGGGACAGUUCUGAUGCUAGCCACACAAGUGCUUCCUCAAGGCGAUGUCUUACCAACCAUCCUCACCAUGCAUUAGAACUUAUGUCCAUUCUCAACGACAUGCGUAUCGCUGGUGAUAUGAUAGACCUCAAGGUGCUAUCAGGUGACAAGAAAUACCUCUGUCAUCGAGCCAUCAUUGCCGCGGGGAGUCCUCUCAUAAUGAACCUUCUGGAGUCGCAGCACAUUAAGCUUAGAAAGAGGAGUGACAAACUUGUCGUUGAUCAUAUCCGAGCAGACUAUGUCAAACAGAUUAUAGAUUUCGUGUACACCUCCAAGAUGGGAAUCGGUUUCCAGAAUGCACAGGAAAUGCUUUCAUUGAGUUUCGGACAAUCUGCAUUCUUGAACAAAUCAGUUGAGCUGGCCUGUAGUGACUAUCUUGUUGGACAAUUCUGUCUUGACGCGGGAAGUGAGACGUCCUCCUUGAGUGCCGUUCCGUCAUCGAUUCUUUCUUCAGGAGAGGACGAUGUGUCAUCCAGUGGAACAGAGUGUAGCUUCCAGGAACAUAAUUAUCCUUUAGAUGUCCUCCAUGUGCUGAACGAACAUCGCAAGAGUAAGAGAUUUACAGACCUGAUCUUGUCUGUUGAGGAAGUGUCUUUUCCAUGCCACCGGGCUGUCAUGGUUGCAGUCAGUCCAUACUUCCGAGCGAUGUUCACGUCUGGUAUGAGAGAAAUCCGCGAGGAAGAGGUGGAACUCAAAGGCAUCCGAAGCGAUAUCUUCAGCAUCCUUCUGGACUUCAUCUACACCUGUCGCCUGGCCAUCAACGAGGACAACGCCCAGGAUAUGCUGGAGAUGGCCAGCUUCCUGCAGCUCGUCUCUGCGGUCAACGCCUGCAGUCAGUUCUUCAGAGACCAUCUCGAUGUCCAAAACUGCCUUGGAAUCAUCAACUUUGCCAAACUCUACAGCUGUGAUCAACUCUUCGACCAUGCGUUUUUAUUCAUUCUGACUUACUUCAAGGAUAUUAUGCUAACCGAUGACUUCCUUUUGCUCUCAGUUAACCAACUGGCAUCAUUUGUUCUUGAUGAUCGUCUCUCUGUGAAGAAUGAAGAACUUGUCUUUGAAGCCGUGAUGAUAUGGCUCAAACAGGACAUCGAAGGGAGGAUGAAAUUAAUGCCUAAGGUUCUUCGACAUGUCCGAUUACCGUUGAUUGAACCAGAGUACGUUGAACAAUACAUCAAACAUGACCCCAUCUUACAGGAGGACGCGUCAUGCCAGGCCAUUAUUGGAGAAAGCCAGUUACUCCGGGAGAGGGGUGCUAGCUGCCAUCAUAUCGAUGAUCCAAGGCUCAAGCUACGGUACUCAAUGACCACCGAAGUACUGGUCACCGUCGGCGGCUUCGAUGACCGACAGAAGUGGGUCCGCGACGUUUGGUGCUUCAAUCCAAAGGAUUCGUCGUGGCAUGCCCUCGCCCCUUUCCCGGGAAAGAAUCGAAGAUUUGCCGCCGUGGCUCUGGACAAUGAUAUUUACAUCAUUGCCGGACAGGCAGAUCAUGGCGAUCGCAUGUCUGAAACCCUCCCUGAUGUCUGGCGGUACGACUCCAUCACCAACCGCUGGUCCCAGGUGGCGAGUCUGAACACGCCGCGUUUCGCUCAUGGCGCCGCAGUCGUUGACGGUUUCAUCUACGUCGUCGGGGGCAAGAUGGGCUGGGCAAGACGAUUCAACGAUGUCGAGAGGUAUGACCCAUCAAAGAACACUUGGACUGUCAUCACUCGGAUUAAAGGAAGUUACUUGGAGAAACCAGUCUUGUCGUCUCACGAAGGAAAGCUCUACGUGAACGGAUAUUUUUUCCGCGACCCGGAUAUAAUGCACUGCUAUGACCCGGAAGAUGACAACUGGAUACAGAUGUUCAGUUUUCCGCGCGUCCAAGGAGACGGCAUCGAGAACGCUGUGGUGGUCAACGACUACGUCUAUUAUCUGGUCUUCAGAGGAUAUGACAACUACGUGGUGGUCGUCAACCCUCUUACUGGAGAAAAACUAAGAGAGAGUAAGAUGACUGACGGAAAGUACCUGUAUUCAUACGGCGCCACCGUGGUCGGGGACAAGAUCUAUAUCGCGGGAGGAAGCAAAUUAGACGCCAGUGUGAACGUGCCUUAUCUAUUCUGCUACGAUCCCGCUCUUGACGAAUGGAGUACAGUGGGGAGCAUCCCCACACCGCUCUGCGAACACGGGUGCGUUACCAUUGAGAAAUACAUGCCGAUCAAGCACUAGACAUCGUCGCUUUCGUGUGUAUUCUGCAACAGACUUGAUUGUUUCGAAAAUUGGGUGAUUUUUAGUCAUCUUUAUUCUGCCGUAGUAUUUAAUUAACACUGGUUCAUAAAUUGCGUCGGUUUUGGUAAUCACCACGAUUUCACGAAUAAUUUGCGAAUCAGAGGUCUUUCACGACAGACCAGGAAGAACCUCGUCAUUACAUAGUGCAUUUCUUAUAGAGUACCGAAGCGAUGACGUCAGUUGCCAUGGGGUCAUGGCGGCCUGGUUCUAAAAAAAUAAACCCAGAGCGUGUUUCUGCCAACGAGAUUUCAUCGCUUGCACCCUCAGAAUGAUGGUAAUUUUUGCAAAUACAAAUGUGUAUACAGUGCGUCCCAAAAAAAACUAUACACUUUUGAAAUGGCUGCCAAAUAAAAAACUGUACCACUUUGGGGGAAAAGACUUAUAGAUAUGAAAAGCCUAUAAAGUCAACUUUCAAAUGACACCAAAAAGUUGGAAAACUUUUCAUGCUUGAGCGAGCACUGCCCACUGAAACAAAGGGUAUGAAAAUUAGGGUGGGCUGGAAUUAGCCUUCCAAUUUCUUUCAUUUUUUUUUUGUUUGGUACUUGCAAAGUUGAUGGUUAUUUGGUGAAUUAAAGAUCAGUUGUGAUCAGUUUGUUGUUUGUGAAAAUUUAAUGCGUUAUUAAAUUGAAAUUUAAUGCAUGAGUGAUCAUGAAUUGGGUGCAGCAUUUUGUCUUAUCAUGUGGAUCUCAACAAUGUGUUCACGACAGUCAGGAGAAGAGGGGGUAAUAUGACUUAGGUAGGUGAAGUACGUUGAUGGGAUAAAGGUCAACAGAACAUUUAGCAACCCCUCUCACAAUCUCACCCCCCCCCCCCGCUUCUCUCCUCCUGAGAGACUAAGCUCAGCUAAAGUAGGAUGGGCAGGAAUUAGCCUUACAGUUUUUUGAGUGGUUAGUCCUUUGGAACUUGUUAAGCUAAAUUAAUGAGUGAGAUAAGUUUUGGUUUCUUAGGCAAAUCUCAUGAGUUACUAAAUUGAAAUGUAAUGCAUGAGUGAACAGGAAUUGUAAUUUUAUUGUAGCAUAUUCAUCUUGUGAACCUCAAAAGUGUGUUCGUGAGAGUCAGAGUAAUGUGAUGGUACCCGUUACAAGCAAGAGGGCGAGAUAUGCUAAGACUUGGUUAAAAGGGCAUUCCUCUUCUUUUUUUUCCUUUUACAAAUUAAAAGUCAUAUGUACCCUCCCCUCUCCACCUCCAUUUCCCAGCCCCCCCCCUCUCUCUGUCUCACUUCCUGCAUCAUUUGUAGCCUAUUCAAAACUUAACUGCCAAGUGACCGGUGGCUGAUGGUCAGUUUUUUUUUCAAUGACUACCAAGAAAUUUAAUGAUUAUGAUGAUUAAUGAAAUAAUUAAUUGAAAAAAAUGUAUGUUUGAUUGAUCACAUUGCACAUUGAAUAAGUUGAUUUACUGAUAAAUUGUUGAUUAAAUGAUUGAUAGGAAAAAGUUGAUGUCCCAAUUCAGAAUUAAUCAUUAAAUCAACAUUCUGCUCUGGACUUCACGCGUACAUGACAAUAGCCAUCAGUCUCUCAACAGGAGGGAGGGCGGGAGAGAGGGAGGGGGCGGGGGCUGAAUGUUCUGUUGACCCUUAUUCCAUCAACCUACUUCUCUCACUUAAGUCCUAUCUCACCCCCUAUUCUCCCGACGCCCAUGAACACAUUGCUGAGAUCCACAUGAUAAAUUUGAAAUGCUGCCCAAAAAGAGAUCCAAAUGAUAAAGUUUAAA